AGAAUGUUCAACCCGCGUGUUGCAGAUAGUCUGCUGUUCACACGUGUGUUAAAACAACCUGUUUUCUUGUGGACUUAAGCACUGAAGUCAUGAGAGGAACGCUAAAGUGUUCAGCAUUGUUGCGCUGCAUUUUCUUCCUCAUUCUGGUUGGCGAGCUGUUUAUCAUGGACAAGUUCCUAAGCAAAAGAAUAAACUGGAGAAAAUCACCGGUUGUGUACCCUGAGACAAAAACAUCUCUGCCGACGGUAAACUCCUUGCUGGACAACACCACGGUCUUUGCGACGCUCAAUGUUGUCCCGCACAACAACUUCAACAUCCUGACUGCACUGACCAGUACAUCGUCGUCCACCGGUCAUCCUGUCACGACUCCUACUAAAGGUCACGUGUCGCACAGCUCCUACACCUUCCCAGGUGGCACAAAUAAAACUGGAGUCACUGUACCGUCGGACCCGCUCAUCGCAACCAAGUGUUGUGUAUCAGUUUUGAAGGCCGACUAG